GACCAGACGAUCUCAGUGGUCUUUUUUGAUUCAGUGUGAAUUCAAAGAACUUUUUUUUUUCUUGAACUUACAAUUGCCGGGGCAAGUGACAGAACUAAACCGGAAGAAAAUGACUUCCGAUUCGUCUCUAUUACCUAGUCUCAAAACUUUGUUUGCCACUGUCACUGCUGGAAUUACAGGAACAUUAGUGUAUCACUACAUGAAAACAAAUUUCUUUACUGCAAAAGACGAGGAGAAAAUUAAAGAAUCUUUAUAUGUUGAGGUUCCACGGGACACAGUAGCUCACCUCAUUGGAAGGAAUGGUACUAGUAUUAAACAGAUUGAGGAAGAAACCUGCACAGCUGUCUCUUUCAUUGAUCCAGGUGGUGCUUGCAGACUUGCAGUGAUAAGGGGUAGCAAAGAUGGAGUACAGCUAGCAAAAAUGCAGCUUUUAAAAUGUGUGGAAGAACAUGCGCAAUUGGAAACCACUGAAAUAUUUGUUUCUGAGAAAACUAUUGAUCGCCUGACAGCGCAAGAAAGCAAAAAAUUAAGAGAAAUUGCGGCUUUAUCAAAAACACGAAUUUACAUCGAUGGCGUCCGAGAAAAACGGACAAGCCUUCUGGUAAGAGGAACCUACCAUCAAAUAGAAAAGGUUAGAGAAUUUUUGAAAGAAAUGGUUGCAGAAGAAAUACCUGCAGCAACUGAAACCAGUAACAAUGUGCCAAUGAAACGUUCGCCGAAUGCUGCGAGAACUCAGCCAGAGAAAAGUACACCCACGGAGUACGAAAAACUUGAGCCGACUAGUUCCGACGGAUUCUGCGAAGUGAUGGUAUCUUUUGUAGAAAGCCCAUCGAAAUUUUUCGUCCAGAAGGCUGGACCCUGCUCCAAGGAAUUGGAUUGUCUGAUUGAUGACUUAACAGACUUUUAUUCUGUGAAAGAAAAUCGCCAGCAAUACGCCAUCUCAAAGUACGUAGUCGGUUCUCUAGUUGCUAUCCUGGCACCGGACGACACUUGCUGGUACCGCGGUAGAGUUGUCUCGAUUGAUUUGGAAGAAGAUAGCGACGACGAUGGUAUCCUUUCGGUCAAUCUCGUCGAUUUUGGUGACACCGUCAUUGUCAAGCAGCCUCAUGUCGCUAUUUUACGUCCGGAAUUUUUAUCGAUGAAUUUUCAAGCUAUCGAAUGCCGCAUGGCUUACAUCGAACCCAUAGGGGGUGGAGAAUGGAGUGAAAAGGCAAUCGAAGCAUUUGAAACUUUGACGUAUUGCGCCAGUUGGAAAAUUUUGAUGGCUCGCGUUGAGUCUAACGCCACUAUGAACAGCAACUGCAUCCACGUUUUGAAGCUCGUUGAUACCAAUACGGAAAAAGAUAUUGACAUCGCCACUGAACUUGUUCGGCUGGAAUUCGGAUACAGUACUGCCUAAGAACGUUAAUGUGAUAUUUGCGGCCUUACUUUAAAACUCAGAUUACCUUUUGACCAGGAAGAAUCUCAAAUUUGAUGCCAAUCCAUAUGUGACAUUACUGUUUUUAAAAUUAAAUUGGCUGGACUAAUUAGCUGGCAAUUGCCAAAUCUAUAUUCACAAUAUUAUUUAAAUUAAAAUGGGUAAUUUUGAAUGAGUUUGUAGCCAACAUCUGAGAAUGUGCUGACAAUACAUGGCUGAAUAAAAUUGUAAAAAAGAAAAAAAAA